CUGUGCGAGUCAAAGAGACGCUCCGGCCCCGGAGCCGGAGGAGGCUCCAUCGCUGCUACUUUAGGGGUGUCCCGCUGCCGCCGGCGCCGCCGCCAUCUUUGCGCCCCGCCGCAGUGGCUCCUGGGAAGGCGGAGUCUUGGGCAUCAGCCCAGGCUACCGAGACCCGCGAUCCUGAUGCGCCCCGGAAGGGCUAGCUAUCCCAGUAUGCCUCGCGGCCGUUGGGCCGCCUCAGAAUCGCAAGGACCACAACUCCCAGCAUUCGCAGGGAGGAGCGGAGUAGGCCCUCGGGAAUCUUGGGUCCGGGGCGUGCUCUUCUGGAGGACUUCAGGUACCGGCGUGCCCCGCGUCCACUGUCGGCCAGAACACGUCCAGGGCACCGCCUCUGUGUUGGGCGGGCGAGGAGGCUGCCGAGGCGGAGCUGAUGGCUGCACUGAGGGCGGGGCGGGGUGCAGGCUGGAGCCUCCGGGGAUGGCGGGUUUUUGGGGGGGUUCGCUGGGGGAAGGGACCCCUAAUGACCCCUGACCUCCGGGCCCUGCUGACGUCAGGAACGCCUGACCCUCGGGCCCGAGUGACUUAUGGGGCCCCCAGUCUCUUAGCCCGGUUGUCAGGGGGGGUCCCUGAACCACGGACAUGCCUGUCGUCGGCGACUUCGGAUUUCCGAGCACGGCUGACUUCUGGGACUCCAGCUCCCCGGAUCCAGGAGGACUCUGGGACCUCUGGAACCCAUCCGCACGUGUGGCUGGCCGUAGCGCUGGGCGCUGGGGGGGCACUGCUGCUGCUGUUGUGGGGCGGGGGUCGGGCCGUAUGCGCCUCGGUCCUCGGCCCGCCGCCCACCUCUCCCCGGAGCCAGUACAACUUCAUCGCAGACGUAGUGGAGAAAACUGCCCCUGCCGUGGUUUAUAUCGAGAUCUUGGGCCGGCAUCCUUUCUCGGGGCGCGAAGUCCCCAUUUCAAAUGGCUCAGGAUUCGUGGUGGCUGCCGACGGGCUCAUCGUUACCAACGCCCAUGUGGUGGCUGAUCGGCGCCGGGUCCGUGUGAGGUUGCCGAGCGGAGACACGUAUGAGGCCGUGGUCACAGCUGUGGAUCCUGUGGCUGACAUCGCCACGCUGAGGAUUCAGACCAAGGAGCCGCUCCCCACUCUUCCCCUGGGACGCUCAGCAGAUGUCCGGCAAGGGGAGUUUGUUGUUGCCAUGGGAAGCCCCUUUGCACUGCAGAACACCAUCACAUCCGGCAUAGUCAGCUCUGCUCAGCGUCCAGCCAGAGACCUGGGUCUCCCCCAAACUAAUGUGGAGUACAUCCAGACUGAUGCAGCUAUUGAUUUUGGAAACUCUGGAGGUCCCUUGGUUAACCUGGAUGGGGAGGUGAUCGGGGUGAACACCAUGAAGGUCACAGCUGGAAUUUCCUUUGCCAUCCCUUCUGAUCGUCUUCGAGAGUUUCUGCAUCGUGGUGAAAAGAAGAAUUCCUGGUUUGGAAUCAGUGGGUCCCAACGCCGCUACAUUGGGGUGAUGAUGCUGACUCUGACUCCCAGCAUCCUUGCUGAACUACAGCUUCGAGAACCAAGCUUUCCUGAUGUUCAGCAUGGCGUACUCAUUCAUAAAGUCAUCCUGGACUCCCCUGCACACCGGGCUGGUCUUCGGCCAGGUGAUGUGAUCUUGGCCAUUGGGGAGCAGUUGGUUCAAAAUGCUGAAGAUAUUUAUGAGGCUGUUCGAACUCAAUCCCAGUUGGCAGUGCGAAUCCGGCGGGGACCAGAAACACUGACCUUAUAUGUGACCCCUGAGGUCACAGAAUGAAUGGAUCAGCAAGAGUCUGAGGCUCCUGCUGUAAUUCCUAUGUUGCUUUCUGGCCUAGGCUCUCAGGCCACCUGGACAGAGGAUUAAAUGAACGAGUUGGGGGCAGGGCCCUGCAACCACCAGCACCAAUCCCUGGGCUCUGAAGAAUCACAAAGACACUUUUUAUAUAAAAUAAAAUUAUACCUAGCAACAUGUUAUAGUCAAAAAUUGGGAGUGGGAGGCUGAUCUUUCCCCCCCCACCAAAAGGCUAGAGGUAAAGCUGUAUCCCACCUGCACUGAGGGAGGAUACUGGAGCUGACCAUCUUGACCUCCCUAUUCAAGAAAACCAGCUGCUGCUGUCUAUUGUUCUGGGCAAUUGAUAAGCUGUUG